GAAGCCAAAAUAUAAAAAUAUAUCCCAGUUCAGAAAGAGAUCAUUUUUUCAAUUUUUUUAUCACUCCAGUAAGAAGGAGAAGAAGAGAGUCAAGCAAUCCAGGAUCAAGUGGAUUUUUAACUCUUGCCAAUUAGUGUAUAAUUUUUUAUUUUUUUUCUGUAAUUUAAACUUUUUGUCUUUGUUUUGUUCGAUCAAUUGUCGGAGACUCGGAAGCGGAUUCUUCAUAAACCCUAACUUCUCCAACUUGAAGCUUUUGAAGCCAACAAAAGAAGCAAAUUCAGUAGUUUGAUCAUUAGCACACUUGGCAUCUCUGCAAGAUUCAAUGGCAGGCAAUGGCCUGUCAACAUUAGGCCGUGUAAAACUCGUUGAUCUAAUACCAUGUGAAGGCCUUCCUUCGGACUCGUACAAAUUGUCAGUUUCAACUUUGUCCCAAUCUCUAGCUCACUAUUCAGCUGCCAUUAUCCAAUUACCGGUGAAUGAUGGGGCCCUUUUGAGGUCUUGUUUGGAAUCUUCUCGUCUCUACUUCCAUCAAAAACCACCUUACCCUCCUGCAGAUAUUAUCCAUCCCGAUGACUUCCAUGAAUGGUGCAAGACAUCUGGUUACCGUGCAGACCCUCAAAUGUGGCAAGAGAGUUUUGAUUUUAGACCUGGGCUUACUUCCGCAGAACCUAAUAAUGAAAUUGAGAUCUCUCCAGCUGGUUUAGUGGACAUAUUUGCACUACUUGGGAAAGCGUGUAGGGACAUAUUAGAUGCCAUUGGCUUUUACUUGAAUCUGCGCAGUUCACCUUUCAGUGAAAUACUUGAUAAUGUGCCUCUUAGAAAUCGGGAAAUAUCGUCAUCAGUGUUGUCUGUUUUUUGCCAUGGGAGACCAUCUUUUCAGGGUGCUCAGCACCAUAAUUUAACGACUCAAGAAGAUGGCGAAUUAGCAAUGUUCUCAGACCAUGAACAUCAGGUUGAUAGAAGCCUUAUAACUCUUGUCAAGUCAGAUCGGGCAGGCUUGCAUGUAAGAGACUUUCAUGGUCAUUGGGUCAUAGUGGAUGGCGAUCUUGGACCCCAAGAAGCAAUUAUUUAUCCUGGGCUUGCUUUGUACCAGGCAACUGCGGGCUACAUCAACCCAGCAAUGCAUCGCAUUGAUAUCAGUAAUCUGCAGGGUUCUAUGUAUGGUCGUUGUUCUCUGGCAUUCAAACUCAUGCCAAAAUCCAUGACAAGUCUCAAUUGUUCUGAGAUGAGGGCAGCUGGGCAUGGGGUGGAAGCUCAAUUUCAGCUUCCUGUAUCAGUCGACGACUUCAUGCAGAGAUCCACUGACCAACUUCUUAAUAGGAAUAGUUUUGCGACAUUCAGUUUCCCUACGGCCCAAGAUGGAUCAGUGAAAACCGUCAUGAGGAAGAAAAGGAGUAAUUCAAGUUGUAAACCUCUUCCUCCUUCGAAGAGACUGCGACUUGAGGCACAAAGAGUUCUGAAAGAGAGGGUUCAAGAUAUUGCUGAUAAGAAGGGCAUCAAACUGAGGUUCUGCACCCUGAAGGAGUGUGAAAAUCAUGUCCAUUCACUAGACAGCCCUUGUGCACAUAUAAGAAUGGAGAUCGGAUGGCCACCAGGAGUUCCAUUUGUUCACCCACAUGAUCUUCCUAACAAGGCGAAGAUUGGAUUUCUUGAAACAUAUGAACCUGGUUGGUCCACAACAAAUGAUAUGGAGUAAAGUUUAAUUGGAUUUGGCCGAAAUAACAGACUUCCACCUGCAAUUGAAUGUAUUUUCGAAGUUACCAUACCGCUCUCUUGGUCACAGCGUACUUGUGGACCAGUUCAAGCCUGCUUUGCUGAAAUUCUCUCUUAUGAAGAUGCUAGUUUCUUGCUUUGCGAUUUUCUCCCCAUAUUAUGUAACAUAAGAAAUUUAUGUUCCAUCAUCCAGAAAUAAAAUAUCUGUAAAUGCACAAAUUUUGAGAAGUGGCAAAAAAAAAAAAAAAAAAAAGGGAAAUGAUACUUGUACAUGUUAGUUUAUCACUCGGUUUACAUAAUGUUGAGGUGGCAAGAUUUCACACCAUUUUGGAUUCAAAAAAAUAAUAAUAAUAAUAAUAAAAGGUUAAACCAGCUUGUGAAAUCUCGUCACCUCUGCAUUCUGUAAACUAAGUGGAAAAUCAGCAUGUAUAAGUAGUAUUUUCCAAAAAAAUUUGGUGUCA